AGCUCAGAAGGCAACACUGUACUAACGUUAGAAGGUUCCGAAAUGUUCCGGGGCAGAGCAGAGUUUCUGACAUUCCUCGUUCACCAUACUAUGUGUUGUCAUCUGGCAGUCAUGGACAGUGUGCUGCAAGGAGCCACGCUGUUGUGCGGCUUGAAACUGAUCUGCAGUCUGCUCUUCCUGCCGUCGCUGACCACCUCCUCCAGUCCCAUCAGCUUCUGCUGCUGCUGCCUCCUGCUCUUCACAGACUUCCUGGUCACAGUCUUCCUGAGUUGCUUCGGCUUGUAUGAGUGGUGGCACGCCGAGCACCUCUCCCAGGAAGAGGUCAUCGUCGUGCGCUUCCUGCUGUUCCUCUGCCACCUGUACGGCGCCGUGCUGCUGCUCACGACCCCCCUGAUCGCUGUCGAGUCGCUGGUUCGAUUCUUGUGGCCCUCGCCCACCGACACCACCCACGAGCCAAGCGAAGCCUCGGAGGAACCCGCGGAGGACGCCGACGACAAGUGGAUCCCUCACGCUGUUAGCUACCUGAGCUGCCUCUCCAUCUGGGUGGUUGCUGCCCUCAACGUGCGGUGGCAGUGGAAGCUGGAGGAGGUGUGGGCACACUCCUGUUUGCACACCACCCACUCCCUGAUCGAAUGCUUGCCCACAAUACUGAGCCCCAUGCCGGGCGCCAUGAACCCUUACUUGUCCAUGGCGCUUCUCUCGCUGCUCUUGCUGCUGGUCACCUCGGUGCAGGUGCUGCACAGACUGCCCUCGACCCCUUCUCUCGCUCCCACUGAACACAAUAGAUGGCAGGUCUUCGUCACGUCCACGCCCCCGCUAUACAAACUGGAGCCAUCUGUGGAGUGCAGGACAACUGGGAGCGCGGUGUCCUGGGACUGCAAGCAGCUGUCGGAGCGUCAUCCCUCCGAGUCUCUGGUCUUCGCUGUGGAGGAGCAGGGGACAAAGGGAGGCACACCUGAGCCAGCAGCACGCUGGAGCGGGAAGCAUCUGAGGGGCUUCCCCUGCCCCGGGGUGAAUGUAAUAACAGCAUUCGUGGCGGUGAUCUCCAUCUUUGUGCUGCCUCUGAACCUCAGCAUGAACAUUAUUCUGAUCCGGAGCCUGGAGACGCUGCUGCAGAGGGUGGUUCAGUCAGUGGCGACGCCUCUGAGCAGCAGCCAUGCGCCUUAUAGACUGGUGUGACGGCCGAUUCCCGUGGAACUCUAUUUAUAUCCGAUGCUAAUUUAAGUCAGGACUGCAGGACUCAACAGCGGCGCGCGUCAGUGGAAGCAUCCGAGCAGCUACGGACAUGUGAGGACGGAUGUGUGGAAAGAGCUGAAGGCUGCUGAGGAGGCAGGUUGAGGCGUGCCUGCUGCUCAGCACUAAACCUGGUGUCAGGGAUUUGUCUCAUCACUGUGAGCGGCUUUUGUUUUAAUCUAGACAAUAACACUGGCCGCGUAAUUGCUCAACACAACUGAAGCACAGUGGUGAAAUGUUGGCGACAGACGCAGCUGAUGGAAAGUUCACUUCAGCUGCAGCUGAAACAUGAUGCAUAUCAAACUACUGCAUGCAAAAUGGACUCUAUUCUGCUUGGAAUUAAACAUUUGACAGAGAGAAGGAGCUUAGAACUCAUACGUGCACCUGGGAAGCCGCACCUCAAGAGGCUUCCAUUGCUGAACAUGCUUUCACAGUGGGAAUGUUCCGUCACAUAGAAACAAUCUGAAACAAUACAAAGCAGUUUAUAAAGCACUUAAAAAAAAAAAGAUAUAUAUUGGCUUCUAAUCUAAGAGUUGGCAGCGCCCACUAUUGACUGGCAAAGUUGUGACGUCUAUUGAGUUCUACUAAGACAUUGCAAGAUACAAUAAUUAAUCGAUAAAAAACACAGAUUAAUGGCAUAUAAAGUCUCUUCCACCUGGAAUAUUUUUCACCAAAUCUAUUAUGAAGGAGACCAAAUAAGAUUGUGCUGAUAAUAGAUUAUUUUUUAAAGGAGUGGACUCCAAUAUGAGGCUGUGUCAACUUGCUUUAAUUGAAUGUAUAUUUUUGGACCUUGAAGGAAACAACUCAAACCAAAGAAAGUCGAUCACCUGAAACUAGGGAUGGAAAAACCCUGUCCAUUCGUUCCUCGCCCUUUCUUCCAACAGCGACUUCACUUCAUGGAUGUGAUGUCGACGGCCUGCAGCUGUGGACUUGACUCUCUGCCACAAGAUGUUCACACCAUGCUUGUGCACGACGUUUUACGCUCCAGUUUAAUUUCUUUUUUUGGCUUCUUAAUGGCCAAGUUGUCUUGUUGGUGCUGUUCUGGAUGUGAGUGCGAACUUUGUUGUACACCUGACAUAUUUUCUCAUUGCAGCAGUCUGAUAGAACAGCUAAAAUGUGGGGCUGUGGGAGGAAACCUGAGCGAUCUCAAAGAACGGUUUUGCCUGUGAGGAUGUUUUGAUUCACUCAAAUGUUUUGUUUCAAACGCGUGAAGGUGCCACAGACCAAAUAAAGUGGAUUCAUGAACCCUUCCAUUUAUGGAUCAAUGGUCCCGGGAAUAGACAUUUUAAGUCUGAUGAAGAUGAAUUAUUAACCUUCAUAUGGUCUGCUC